AUGUUAAAUGAAGAGCAAGAUGCGGCAACACUGAAAAAAGAAGCAGAAGCAAGACAUCGAGCGGAAUGUGUGGCUAUGAACACGUGGCAGGAUAUCGUUGAUAACUGGAAACAUGAAAUGGAGCAGUACGCGUCGGUGAGUUGGAGUGAGAUCGUUGAACGAGAAAUAACACACUAUCGUAAACCGGGCGAUAUCGCUCAAAUGCACGAAAAACUUUUAUCACCGAGCCGAAAAAGGUUUUAG